AUGGACCCUGUUGACACAGCCCUGCCUUUCAAGAAGCCUGCAUUAGCACCUGUGGAACUAAACAAAAACAAGCCUACUCCAGAGAUAGGAGACGACUAUGAUGGACAAGAGGAAGAAGGAGGAUCACAGGAUUCUCUACGAGAGGAAAGUGGAGAUGAAGAAAGACAUGAAAACACAGGAAGAGAUUCAAGAGCUGAAAGAACUCUAUUACUGUCUCCGAUUAUAUUUUUAAUCAGUAUUUUCCUAGCGACUAACUAAUGUAAAUAGUCCAAUUAACUGCCAUCCUCUCGACCUUGAGAGUUUGAAUUGUAAUUAUAUUCAUAAAUUGAAAGCUAUUGGUAAAGAGUAUCCAAGUUCGC